GUCGUUUACAUGUUCAAUUUUGAAUUUUUAAAAUGCAAACAUAAAAAUAAAACAAAGUUAUUGUUUGGCUUUUUUUUUUUUGUCUGCACAUUUAAUAAUUAAACAUCUUAACUAAUAUGUCUGAAUUUAAAGUGCCGCAUAAGCGGUAUCGACGGGAUGAUGUAGACUCCAAUUCUGAUGAUGAAUAUGUACCAUAUGUGCCCGUCAGAGAACGAAAAAAACAAGAGCUACUCAGAUUAGGUAGACUUUCAAAGCUUAAAGAAGAAUCUGGAAAAGUUAAAUCAUCGAGUGAUGAAUUUGAUGAUGAUGAAACUGAAGGACAAGUAUGGGGUAGAAAAUCAAACAUUAGUCUUUUAGAUCAACACACAGAACUUAAGAAACUUGCUGAAGCAAAAAAAGAAAGUGAAAUGGAAAAACAGUUAAAAGAAGAAGAAAAAAUUUUGGAAAGCGUUGCGGAGAAAAAAGCCUUAAUGGGUGUGGCAGAAUUGGCUAAAGGUAUCCAAUAUGAUGAUCCAAUUAAAACAAGUUGGACAGCUCCUCGAUAUAUUUUAGCCAUGCCAGAAGAACGUCAUGAAAAUAUACGUCUUAAGUUACGCAUACUAGUUGAAGGUGAUGAAAUUCCUCCUCCGCUCAAAUCAUUUAGAGAAAUGAAAUUAAACAAAGGUAUUAUGGCUGGACUUUCUCAAAAAGGUAUUAAAAAACCAACACCAAUUCAAGUCCAAGGAAUUCCCACUGUAUUAUCUGGAAGAGAUAUGAUUGGUAUAGCAUUUACAGGUAGUGGUAAGACAUUGGUUUUUGUACUACCACUUUUAAUGUUUUGUCUAGAACAAGAAAUAAAAUUACCAUUCAAGCCUAAUGAAGGACCGUAUGGUUUAAUCAUUUGUCCAUCUAGAGAACUGGCAAAACAAACAUUCGAUAUUAUUAAUCACUAUAUGACAUAUCUGGAGCGAGCCAAUUACCCGAGACUUAGAUCAUGUUUAGCUAUAGGAGGUAUACCCGUAUUUGAAUCACUUGAUGUUAUUAAAAGAGGUGUACACAUAAUGGUAGCAACUCCUGGUCGACUAAUGGAUAUGUUAGAUAAGAAAAUGAUAAAUUUGGAAGUCUGUCGCUAUCUUUGUAUGGAUGAAGCUGAUAGAAUGAUUGAUAUGGGUUUUGAAGAAGAUGUGAGAACAAUAUUUUCAUUUUUUCAAGGUCAGAGACAAACAUUGUUAUUUUCAGCCACUAUGCCAAAAAAAAUUCAAAAUUUUGCCCGAUCAGCCCUAGUUAAACCAAUCACCAUCAAUGUCGGUAGAGCUGGUGCCGCAUCUAUGAAUGUCAUUCAAGAAGUAGAGUAUGUUAAACAAGAAGCAAAAGUGGUUUAUUUGCUAGAAUGUUUGAAAAAAACAACCCCACCAGUUUUAAUUUUUGCUGAAAAGAAACAAGAUGUUGAUGCAAUACAUGAAUAUUUAUUGCUUAAAGGAGUUGAAGCUGUAGCUAUACAUGGAGGAAAAGAUCAAGAGGAACGUUCAAAGUCUGUCGAUGCGUUUAGAAAAGGCCAAAAAGAUGUGCUUGUUGCUACUGAUGUAGCUUCCAAGGGUUUAGAUUUUGAAGAAAUACAGCAUGUAAUCAACUAUGAUAUGCCUGAUGAUGUAGAAAAUUAUGUACAUAGAAUUGGUAGAACUGGUCGUUCGGGUAAAACUGGUAUAGCUACAACAUUUAUCAAUAAAGCAAAUGAUGAAUCUGUACUGUUAGAUUUAAAGCAUUUGUUAAUAGAAGCUCGUCAAAAAGUUCCAUUAUUUUUGUCUGAAUUGGAAUCAGAAAAUGAGAAAUACUUGCAACUUGGAGAUGAAAGAGGCUGCAGUUAUUGUGGUGGUUUGGGCCACAGAAUUACAGAUUGUCCUAAACUAGAAGCAAUACAAACUAAACAAGCAUCUAAUAUUGGACGAAGAGAUUAUUUAGCAACUAGUGCAGCAGAUUAUUAAUUUUACUAUUAUACAAACAUAUGUAUUAUAUUGAUAAUAUUACAAAUCGGUUAAUUUUGACUAGACUUAUUAAUUGUUACAACAUUUUUUUAUGUACCUAUGAUUAUUCUUAAAUGUAAUGU